UAGUGUCCUGUAUUAGAAACCCAUCUGCAAGUAUGUUCUCCCUGUCCGUGAUGGUGGGCCUGGUCCCAAUAGUGUCGCUCUUCGGUCUGUUCUACUCGGCUGCAGUGGACGAGAACUUCCCUCAGGGCUGCACAAGCAGUAGCAGCGUGUGUUUCUACAGCCUGUUGCUGCCCAUCACCAUCCCCGUCUACGUCUUCUUCCACCUCUGGAGCUGGAUGGGGAUCAAGCUUUUCAGACACAACUAGGCUGUUCGGAUUCUGGUUUUGUUAAAGGAAAAAAAAAAAAGAACUCCACCUGAAAGCACUUCAGUGCAGUUGAAUCAUCUGUCGGUGAUGUACCUUGCAUUUCCGGACCCAUUUAGUUUGUUGUUUAAUACUGUAAAAGG